GUUUCACUUUACUCCCAACGUGUUCUUUGACUUUUUUCUUGCUCUUCUUUCUAGUUGUUCUGUUUGUUUCCAAAGAAAAUAGGAUAUGGAGAGAAAAGACAUAGAAGACAGAGACAUUACAAGUUCCCUUCUUGCUAAAGAAAACCUUGACACUAAUGGCGUUAGUAGCAGCAGAAAUGUUGCAGCGAAUAGUGGCGGUACCGCCACAGCUACGGUGGUGUUCAGCACCUUCAUUGCCGUUUGUGGAUCCUAUGUUUUUGGUGCUGCUAUUGGAUAUUCGUCACCAGCUAUGUCUGGAAUCAUGGAAGACUUGGGCAUCUCUUUGGCACAGUUCUCGGUAUUUGGGUCAGUGAUGACAAUUGGAGCAAUGCUGGGUGCAACAUUUAGUGGGAAGAUAGCAGAUCUCCUUGGCCGCAGAUGGGCAAUGGGAUUAUCUGAAAUAUCUUGUGUCGUGGGAUGGCUUGCAAUAAUGUUCUCAAAGGGUGCUUGGUCACUUGACCUUGGGAGGCUGUUGAUAGGCUGCGGGGUUGGGGUUCUUUCUUAUGUGGUACCUGUAUAUAUAGCAGAAAUAACACCCAAAAGGCUUCGUGGAGGUUUCACUACUGCUCAUCAGUUCAUGCUUUCUGUUGGCCUAGCGCUUACAUAUUUUAUUGGAACUGUUGUAAACUGGCGCACAUUGGCUCUCAUAGGAACUAUUCCCAGUCUAGUACAGCUUGUUGGUCUAUUCUUUAUUCCAGAAUCUCCAAGAUGGCUGGCAAAGUUUGGUGAAGAGAAAGACUACGAAGCUUCUCUACGGCACCUUAGGGGAGAAGAUGCUGAUAUUUUUCAGGAAGCAACUGAGAUUAGAGAUUACACAGAGGCCCUUCAACAACUUCCACAGGGUAGAUUUUUGGACUUGUUCCAGAGGAUAUAUGCCCAUUCACUAAUUGUUGGAGUGGGGAUAAUGAUACUGCAGCAAUUCGGUGGUGCUAAUGGGAUAGUAUUUUAUGCAAGUUCUAUAUUUAAGUUAGCUGGUUUUUCAACUGAGGUUGGGACUACAGCAAUGGCUGUUGCUCAGAUUCCAACAUCCAUACUGAGUGUACUUAUAAUGGAUAAAGCUGGAAGGAAACCGCUUCUAAUGCUUUCAGCAGUGGGGACAUGCUUAGGUUGCUUAAUUACAGGGCUGUCAUUCUUGUUGCAGGACUACCAAUUGUGGAAAGAGGUCACUCCUGUGUUGGUGUUUGUUGGCACAUUGGUAUAUAAUGGUUCAUUUGGAUUAGGGCUUGCAGGAAUACCGUGGCUUAUAAUGUCAGAGAUAUUUCCCUUAAACAUGAAAGGUUCAGCUGGAAGCCUAGUGUCUUUGGUAAACUGGUUUAGUUCUUGGAUUGUGUCCUACAUUUUCAACUUCUUAAUUGAAUGGAGCUCUGCAGGGACAUUUUUCAUAUUUGCAAGCAUAUCAGGCUUAACUGUUCUAUUUGUCGCAAAGCUAGUAUCAGAGACAAAGGGGCAAACACUUGAAGAAAUACAGACAACUAUGAACCCACGCUCAACGAGUUAAAAUUUGAAGGGAUACAGUCAAAUUUGCAAACAAAAAUAUUCAAGGACAUCAGCUAGGUACCUAUAAAAGAUUGGCCAUGAGGGGGUUUGCCAAUGGAAGAACCUUCAACUCACUUUGUCAAUUGAAUUUAUUUAUUUGGGUAUUGAAUCCCAUAUGGAGAGCAGAAAUGCAUCUGAACUUUAAGCUAACACAAUUCUUCAUUGUUGUACAUUGUUCUCCCUUUGAGAUUCAUUGGCGAGUCUUUUUGAAAAGAAAAGGUCUUGAAUUGUAAGAAUAUUUUUUGUUAAGCUAAAGCCAAAUGGUGUUGGUCAGGCAAUUAAGAGAAA